CAUCCACCCCGCAUCGACUCGAUGGCGUCUUCCUGCUGUCUUCCUUGCCCAUCAUUCAGCCGGAAACAUGUUCGAUUCCGAGCAUCUGCGUGAUCAACAAUGCAAAGUGAAGGCAUCGCGAGAGACAAUGGUCUCAAGAGACGACGUGUUUCGAUUGCCUGCUCAGCUUGCCGUGCACGAAAAUCUCGGUGCAACGGCGAGCGGCCCAAAUGCAGUAGCUGCGACUCUCAUGGGUACGAAUGUACAUACGAGCAACCUCUGAGCUCGGCUCCGGAUGGGUACAUAGGUGCAAGCAGACCUUCAAAAUUCCUCGAAGCUCGCGUAGCGGAUCUAGAGGAAGUGGUACAAAGCCUCAGAUCUGAUGAACCAGGCUUGGGCAGACUUCCGGCCCUGGAUCGCAGAAAGGAUGACCUCCACACCAUAGGAAGGCUUUCGGACAGUUUACCCAGGGCCUAUGGCGGAAACGUGGACGCAUUAGCAUCUAUCAUGCUUACGGAGAAUAAUGACUGCCGCGACGAAACGCCUCAUUUUGAUUAGUGCCGCAUUUGUCUGGUAGCGGACAUGGGCAAGACCCGUCGGCGCCGACAGAAGCCUACAACAACCGUCAUCCCGUAGCGAUGUCGCCGGAUCUAGACGGAACCACGAUACAUGGAUCGAGGCCGAACGUCGACAUCGAUGCCGAUCCGUACCAAAUGCCGCCUAUAACGGAGACGGAAAAUCUGCUUCACGUGCACUUCUCCACCAUCAUCUUUUCGUUCCCUGCCUGGAUGAACACGGGUUUCUUAGCACAAAUCUUGUCGAGGAGGGGCUCAAUAU